AAGCUUGUUUGUCAUUAUGAAAAGAGAGCCCUGUCUAGGCAGAUGGCUUUCAAAUUCUCAGUGGUGUAGUGUAACGUCUGGACUGACUGGAUUCGGGUGAUUCUAUAGCAACGAGUAAAGUUUUAAUAUUAAGUGUUAGACCCAAGUUGGCAGUACUGUUGACACCGGAUUUCGCCUUCUUGCAAUGUGAAUACAGCGGCGUCCAGGACAUCUCAACAUUGUUUUGAAUUAGGAUUAAUUGCCAACUAUGAAAUAAAUUAAGUUAUAACAAAAAAAGCAGCUCUGAAAUUCUAACGACCUUAAAGGAUGUCUUCUCUUCUUCACUGGUUUCAGAAACGUCGCUCUCUGUCCGAAGAGACAACGAAAGACAAAAUGCUGGGCUUCCAAAUAACUGUAACAAAGAAAGGAAGAGGAAACCACGGUGCAAGGGAAGUAACCAUGAAAAAACAAAAGUCUCUUCCGGCCAGACCUAAUUACCCCCAAUUUUAUCUAGAUUCGGACAACUACGACACACUGUACGACCAUCAGGAAAACAUGUAUAACCAAUAUGCCAGAUUGUAUGGCAAUCGUGACAGUAUGUAUGACAUACAUAACCCUGACUUCAUCAUGGGCUAUCAGCCCAUUUGGAAUUGUCAAAGAAACGUUUCCGAACAGUUAAACUUGAACCAUCCUUGCUUUUACAACGCUAAAAAGCUGCAUCCUCUCCAGUUCAGCAACAAAGUUCCAGCUACCUCCGGGCUUGUACUUCGAAACUCGUUCUCCCAGCAGCGGCACCUCGGAGAGAUGAAAGCACGCAGAAGGAGCGACAGCUUGUUUAAUUACGUCCCCAAAGCUUUCGGAGAUCAAGACGCCUCAAAAAUUUUAAACGGGGAACGAAAAGAUGACGUUCUGACAUCACGUAUGUCACUGCCGGCGUUGUCGGCGACUCACGAGAGAAGGUCAGGUCCUGGCAGCACAAAGCUGACUUCUAACUGCGUCACGAUUAAUCUAAGCAGCCGAAAGAAUGACAAUUCCAAGCGAUUCGCUCGCACGUGCAGUCUAGACAGACCAACAUUCCCGGAUGUGGAUGAGGAGAGCCUCGAUCUGAAUGAGAACGACGGCGUCAGCCAUUUUUUCUUUACUCCAGCCAUGUUAAUCGAAGACAAGAUGGAAGAUAAAGAAAAUCAAGAAGCUUUUAACAAUAACAAAGAUGUGACUGACAAUGACAAAGAUGUGACUGACAAUGACAAAGAUGUGAAAGACAAUGACACAGAUGUGACAGACAACGACAACUACAAUAUCAACAGCAAGAGUGCUGACGAGGAAGUCUCCAACAUACUAAAAGAGUUUGAGAACAUUGACCGCGACAACAGCAGAAUUAGCGACUGUUCCAAAAAUAUCGUCGCUAGACAGGAAUUUCUUUAUUAGUAUCUUAGCAGCUGGAACAGGAAAGUGAUACUGUUAGUGGUCAGUGCUUCUCAAAUAAUAUUGAUACUGAAAGUGAAUACAAAUACAUAUGUAAGCUGUAUAAACAUAGUGAUAAUUCAAUGUUGAAGACGCAGUAAUAAUUUGUUAAUACUUUUCUUUACCAAAUAUCAGUCAGUUAUCUCUACUUGCAGGUGUAUUCAACUUUAUUGUGAAACUAUUGGGGCCAAAAAAAAUACUGUCAAAAGUUUAAUAUGCGUGAUUGUGUGUCAGAGAAAAUACCACUUAGUUUUUGUCUCCCUUUUCCACAUAACUUGACUAGAGGAUUUUUUCUUUGAUUGAUUCGUGUGUUAUCAUCGACAAUGAACAAUUCAACAAAAGUUUGAACUUCUUCCGAGAUUGGGGAAGUUGCUUUUUCGCCCUCACUGGCAUAGCGGCACAACAGUUGUUGGCAGAUGACUUCUGACAACGGUGAGCUCUCGCGAAGGUCACGGGACACACAUGUGAGACCCUAAGACCCCUUCCGAAGUCAGGGACAAACAACAAAAAUAAAACUUAAAUAGACCCUUGGAGGACAAAAGCUUUGUCUGCAUUAAAUAUGGCAAACUAUGCAGGUCGCAACUGGGUUUGCGUGUCCCUGUGAAACACUGGACUUAUUUGAAAUUGAAGGCAAUGCCUACUAUUGAAAUAUCUAGAUUUAUGUCUGCAAAUAUUAAAAUUAAACAUAAAUCUCAUGACAAACAUUUUGUACAUUCCUCUAUCGAAGUGUAAAUAUUGUGUUUGUUGUUUUGUUUUGUUAAUUAAUUUUUGUCUGUUUUAGAUGUGCCACAAUAUGUAGGCCACCGCAGGGUCAAUGUAAACAUCUAAUGUACUUUUUUCUUCCUUAAUUUAUGACUCGAUGACGUUCUCUCGAGACCAAUCGUUAUGCAAGCCCUGAACACUGACUUGCACCAUCACAACCUGUGGGCACUUUAGACCAAUAGCCACUUCACAGGUCUGUGCGACAUGGCAACGAGCUAUUGAACUGAACUGCCCACAGCUUGUGGCGUUACAGGUCAGUGCUGUGGCCGUCUGUUACGAAUGGCCUCGCAUUCUCUUAGCUUAUCUUAAUGACUGUUAACAAAUUGACCAGCUCUUUUUGUGCUAAGAUUAAAAUCUGUAUUGCUCGUUUGUGUAAAGUAAUGAUGGAUAACUCUGAAAUAUAAAAUUUAUGUUUAAACAGA